AUAGAUCUCAAUGUCUACCUACCUACCUACGUACACAGCCACUAAGCCACAGAUAAGGCCGGGUUCGUGUGUGCAUGUGCAAACAUACAUGGCUGCUUAGGCUUAGCUCCCAGUCCACCGCCAGCUCGCGUCUGAUCAUCUUUGCAUCGAUCGACAAGCAGAAGCAACACCCACGUGGUUGGGAAUCGCUGCCAUGGCAGCAUCUUCGUUGUUCGCGGCCUUGGACAAGGACGGCGACGGCAAGGUGUCCGCGUCCGAGCUGCGCGGCUGCAUGGCGGCAGCGCUCGGCGAGGAGGAAGCCGCGGCCAUCGUCGCGGCGGCGGACGCCGACGGUGACGGCCUGCUGGACCGCGACGAGUUCCUGAGGCUGGCCCGCGAGGCGGAUCAAGAGGCCGAUGAGGACGGCAGGUGGCGGUGCCUGAGGGUGGCAUUCGCGAUGUACGCGGACGCGACGGCGGUGGAGGGCGAGGGGGCAGGGCAGCACAUCACGCCGGCGAGCCUGCAGCGGAUGCUCAGCCGCCUGGGGUCGCAGGAGCCGGGCUUAGACGAGUGCAGGGCCAUGAUCUGCAGGUUCGAUCUCGACGGCGACGGCGUCCUCUCGUUCGAUGAGUUCAGGGUUAUGAUGCAUGAUGGUCUCAUGUGAUACAUAAGCGGAAUACUUGAUGUUUUGGAUAUACAUGUUGCUAGACUCUUCUAAACUUAAACUUUGAAUUUUGCUUUGAAUAUUUAAGUUGGAAUGUAAUUCGUGGUGAUGCUUUGUGUGCGGGUGUGGCUGUACAUUGUAUUCUCCUCUCGUUGUAACGAAUGACAGUGCUCGUGCCCUAGUUUCCAAAAAGAAAAUUAAAAACAUGGGAAUCAUAUAUGUUGAUUUGUUUUGUAAAAUACUUUUUUUAAUGUAAUUUUGUUGAAAAUAAAUAUAUUACAAUAGAAGCUAA